AUGGCCGCGGCGCAUCGGCGUUUGGGUCGGAUCGUUGCGAUCCAUGCACGAUAUGCGACCCAGGACAGGGACACAGCUUGCGUCGUUGUGCUACGACGUAAGAAUGAGCCGCCCUUUUUUGUGACAUCGCCACAGACGGGACCUAGCGGCGUAUGGGGCGAGUAUACCAGUGUACCUAUCCACCCGGAGGAGGCGUUUGCGCCUUGGCUGUGCCAAGAGGGCGGGCUGGACACACGGCGUGUGCUGGUAUCGUUAUGGCAGGAAACCAUGCCCCCCCACAGCGACGAAGGGGCGAGUCGGGCGUGGUCGUGUGUUUGGGAACGCACCCUGGAUCUCCGGCGCGCUACGUCUGUGGACGCGGAGACGUUCUCGAGCGACGGGGCUGAGCCUCGUGUCUACCUAGCUGUGCGGACGGACGAGGAUAGGUACGAGUACCUGCCUGUGUCGACACCGCUUUCGGAGGCGACACCUAUGUCGGACUCGGACGCUGGGCGGCGCAGCUAUACCUGGGCGGAACUGCAAUCCCUUGUGCACCUGCAAGCCGAGCUGCAUAGUGCUACAUGCGAGCGCAUCGAUGCGCUCCUGCGCUCCAAGAUUCUGAGGGACUCGUCCGGAAACGCACCAAACUGGAGUGGCGGCAGGAUUUGCAAGGGUUACGAGCCCAGCAACGUGACCGAAUGCGUGCCAUCGCCUCUUGUACUACGAGACACUCUGCAUGCACGGCACGAAGCGCUACGACAACGGCAACAGCGCCUGGACGAGGCACAAGCGCUUCUUCAGCGGCUGCGCGAUGCGCACGAUCAAGGACAACAACACACACGCGACCUCCGUGAGACACAUACCCACAUUCAGCAGCGCCUGGCGGAGCGACGAGCUGAGCUUCUUCGUGAGCUGGAAGUUAUCUACCCUAUCCAGCUGGUGGAUGCGCGCGAUCUGCUGUACUCCAUUGUAGGCCUGCCGUUGCCCAAUGGCGUCGCUACCACGACACGGCAUGCCUCGUCGCUUGUAUACAAGACACAUUUGGACGAAUAUGCCACAGCCCUAUCCAUGGUGGUCCAGCUUGUGCUGCUUCUCAGCACGUAUCUACAUACCCAUAUACCCUACCCCCUCACGGCGUACGGCAGCCGCGCUGUGGCUCGUGAUGGCAUUAGUAUUAUGAGCGGCCCACGCGCGUUCGUUCUCCAUGGCCAUGGCACAGAGCCGUAUCGCUACGAAUACGCCGUGUUUCUCCUCAACAAGGACAUUGAGCAGCUCAUGAACCAACACGGCGUGCCUGUCCUCGACCUGCGAAACACGCUGCCGAACGUCAAGAACCUCCUCGUGACAUUGUCUGCGGGGUAUUCAGCCCCCUCCUAG